AAAAUAAAAUACAUCAAAGAACUUUUGCACAAAAGAAAUUUUGUGAAAGAAAAAAAAAAGAAAAAAAUUCUAUCAAAUUUUUAUACUUGUAAAAUUUUUAAUAAUCCAAAUUUAGUUUGCUUUUUGCCAACAACAACAAAAAAAACCUACAAUUUAGUCUAAAUAGUUCAUUGUAGUUAUUUAAUAAUAGCAAUCAACUGCCUUGAAAAUCGAAAUAGAAAAAAUAAAGAAAGAAAAACUUAAAUAACUGGCCAGGCUGGUGAAUCUAAAUUGGUGUUCCUACCUUUCGUACUUUCUUGUUGCCAGAAAAUCUGGAAAAGGAAUUUACAGCAGCAACAGCAAAAGCUCUACGGCAAAAAACAACUUAAACAUGUCAACUAGCCAAAACUCGAGCAGCAAUUCCAAAAACAAACAGGACGAAGCCUCCUACAGCAGCAGUAGCAGCAUUGAGGAAUUCAAUGAGACCGAAGAACGACGUCGAAGGAUUCUCAAAAAUCGAAAUAGGAGUACAUCCUACAUGAACCGCGGCAUAAGUAGCAAACUUCAACCACAGCUUUUGCAACAGCAAAAGGGUGGUGGAAGUAGCGUCAGUAUGCUUUGCAGUUCAGGUGGAGCUAUAUCAAAGAAUGACGUCAAGGUUUCCAUGCAGCAAGGCAAUGCCGGAGCAGUAAUGGCAGGUCCAUCAAAACCUGCCCCUGGCGAGCGCAUAACUCUGCUCGUGGAUAAUGUCCGUUUCAUUGUUGACCCAGCUCUAGUAACUGCCCAUAGGAAUACAAUGCUCGGCACAAUGUUCAGUUCGGGUUUCGAAUUUGUUCAUCCAAAUGAGAGGGGUGAAUACGAAGUUGCCGAAGGAAUCUCACACACUGUGUUCCGUGCGAUUUUGGAAUAUUACAAAAAUGGAAUUAUCAAGUGUCCACCGUCGGUGUCGGUGCCCGAGCUGAAGGAAGCUUGUGACUAUUUACUGAUCCCUUUUGAUGCCACAACAGUACGCUGCCAAAAUUUAAGAGGUCUUCUGCAUGAGCUUAGCAAUGAAGGUGCUCGUCAACAGUUUGAAGUGUUCCUUGAGGAGUUGGUGCUGCCAUUGAUGGUAGCAUCUGCACAAAGGGGAGACCGCGAGUGUCAUGUUGUAGUUUUGUUGGAUGAUGAUGUUGUUGAUUGGGAUGAAGAGUUUCCUCCUCAAAUGGGCGAGGAAUACUGUCAAACCGUUCACAGCACCGCAAUGCACAGAUUUUUUAAAUACAUCGAGAAUCGAGAUGUGGCUAAACAGGUAAUGAAAGAUCGUGGAUUGAAGAAGAUACGUUGCGGAAUAGAAGGCUAUCCCACGCAUAAGGAAAAGGUUCGCAAACGCCCAGGAGGUCGUGCAGAGGUUAUCUACAGCUAUGUUCAGCGUCCUUUUAUUCACAUGUCUUGGGAAAAAGAAGAAGCCAAAAGCCGUCAUGUAGACUUCCAGUGUGUCAAGUCCAAAUCAGUUACAAAUUUAGCUGAAGCCAAUGCUGAUCCGCCAUUGGAACUUGAUGCGAGUGGAAAUCCAAUACCAAUACAACUUGUCGCUAUAGCACCCGUGGAGAUUAGGCCAUUCAUAAAUGCUGAUGGCGAUGAGGCAGUUGGUGGAAUAUUAAAUGAGAUCGAUCAGCCCGGGUUGGCCGAAGAACAGCACUAGGAUUCUCUCUCAAAAUGCCUAAUACUCUCAUACACAAACAAAAAAUAUCAAUUUUUUUUAAUAUUUAUUAUUUUACUCGUUAUUUAUUUGGUUUUUUUUCUAUUUUUUAUUUUAAUUUUUUUUUAACAUGAACAAAAUCGUUGCACUUAUAAAGACAUAACCCCACAUAAUGGAAAAAACAAAACAAAAUCACAA